AAAUGCGCCGAAAUAAUUUCAGUAAUAACAUUUAUUUUCAUUGUUAUUUGCUCCGUUGGUUUAAAUUUAGUAAUUUAGUGCGUGUUAAAUUUGUUGCUGAUUCAAGCGGUAUUGCAUAUCAUAAUAUUAUUUUUUCAGUAGUUUAAAUAAACAAAUCCUUGUGGAUAUGUAGCGGAGAAUUGAAGAUUAAUUUAUAUCCAUGUUUUUUUUUAUUUUAAUAUAUAUAAUGGGUUUAAGUAUGUGAGCUGGAAGAAAUAAAUAAUAAGCUAAGGUAUUGCUAUCUGUGGCAAACAUUGCCAAACCCUUGUAUGAUUUAGAUACCAACCAGCGCGAUAUGUUUUACUGGUGCUCUGUGAAAUCAAUAGAUAGAAGAAAGUAUUUUAAGCAACGCACUUAAUAAAACGUUAUUGAUGAUUGAGGCUUUUAUAUUUAUUGCUAGACGCUGUGCAGAAUUUAAUCACCAUGAUUCAUUUAAUUAAUCCAUUAAAUUUAUUUGAUAUUGGAGACGGUACGAAAUGUUACCGAAAACCAACAUGCAUACUUAAGCCAAUCAAACGGUUUUUCCUAAAAACCAGAAUACCGCCGAUUACUGGGGACUGUUUGAAGAGCAUGUCCCAGGUUCCAUUAAUGACUGAGGACCGAACUACUGAGGAAAAUGAUCCUCAUAACAAAGUCAUCUUGGAAGUCGGUAUACCUGGAGACACUUGGAAAUACUGUGUAGACCGUCAAGCAUUAGCAGACAAAUCAGAAUGGUUUCGCGCAUUACUCAUGGGCGAUAUGGCUCCCCCUCCAAGUAAUCCACCACCAACUAUUUGUUUGCAACACGUCGAAAAACGGGCUUUUGAUCAUCUAUACAAAUACUUUCGAGAGGAGCCGAUAAAUUUCAAUUCUGUUUUAACCGCAAGAGCAACUUUGGAUGCUGCUCAUUACUAUCUCUGUCCAGAGCUUGCAGUAAUAGCUGUCGAUUAUAUAAUAAAAAACUUAAACUCAUCAACAGUUAUUAAUGUAUAUCAUGGGCUGAGUCUCUACGCUUUACCUGAAGCUGAAGGAAAUGAACAAAUUCCUUCGGCGCCACCUGAAAAUGAUGCUGCUGAAAUCGCUGUAGCAUGUACCAGUCUUCUGAAAGCAUGUCUGACAGUAAUUGAUUCCGCACCGGAUGAAGUACUUCGAGAGGAAGGUUUUGAAGAAUUGACUGUUGAGGAAAUAGCGAGUCUUGCAUCAAGAGAUGACCUCAGACUUGCUAAAGAAAGCAUUCUGUUUGAAGCUCUUGAUAAGUGGGCAGCAUCAGAAUGUAGAAGACGUGGCAUCGAGCCAACGUCCCACAAUAAACGUUCAGCGGUUUCCGAUGAAAUUUGGUACAGUGUAAGAUAUCUUCUUAUGAAUGAUCAAGAGUUUAUCCAAGGCCCAAUGGCCAGCGGUAUCUUGUCAAGCGAAGAAUCAGCUGCAAUUGUCGCUAAAAUUCUCGGGCACAGUAACCACCAGGAUAAUGAUCAACUGGCGCGGUGUAUUGCGCCAUACAGGCUGUCUACGACACCCCGUGGACGUAAAACACCUACGAAGGCUAAGUUUGGGAUGAAGCCUGGUAAAAAAGAACGGGAAGAUAAUAAAAAAAAUAGAAGGAAAGAAUGUACUAGUCAAGGUCAGCGAGCUUGCGCCCGCGUGGGCGACUUGGUUGUUCGUGUUCUCGCUUGUGUUUUCGACUGAUCAGAUGUGAGACCCACUGAGUCUAUUAGGUUUAUUUUAAUUAUAUUUUUAUUUCAGCUUGUAGUAUUUUUAUUAUAGAAAACUUUUAUACAUCAUACGUGAUAUCAGACUGAACAUUUUUAAUUUAAUUUACAUUUUUUUUUUACUGAAAAGAUACAAAAGGUCUUGUUGAUCUCAAAUAAUUAAUUAUUUUUAUUAUUUUAAUAAAAUAAUAUAUAGAUGAUGAUUUUAGGUAAUUGAAAAUUUUAUUAAUAAUGUGCUUAUUGAGAUCUAUUCAUUGGAUUUUUAUUAUUCUAUAAAUUUUGUGACUUCUCGCAAUUGUUUUUUAUUGUACGCGAUAGUUAGACUAUUCGAUGAAUUUAUUUCGAGUCCUGUGUGACUAAUAGUAAUUUAAUAUGUGAUGUUAUAUGUGUUUUAGAUGUUUUAACUAUAUUGUAAAAUUGUUUUGCGCGUUAAGGGGGAUAGCUACUGUGAAGAUCGAAAAAAUAGGUGAUUUUCAGGAAUUUUUUUGACUGGGAUAAUAAAA